AAUAACUAUAAUUUACAUUUAUAUCAAGAAUAUAAUGUAACAUUUAUUGCACAAUUAAAUCUUUUAUUACAAGAAUUAAAAGGUCGAGUAUUUAUUUAUAAAUCUAUUGUAAAAAUUUUAGUGAGAUGGAAACAAUUUAUUAAAAUAAUAAGCAACAUAAAAAGUCUUAGAAAUAUGGCUGAGAUAUGUAUCUGGAGAUAA